AAAAGGAUGACGUUCGAAUACGGUGCUAAGGUCUUCUACAUGUGCAAGACUUUUGGCCCGGACCUUCGUACAACAUACUGUGCCAAGAUUUGGACAUGUGCAAGACUUUUGGCCACAACCUUCGUACUCUGUGACAUUAGGAAUAGGAGAAUGAUAUGUAUUCCCCUUAGAAAUCUCCUUACUAGAAUCUUGACCUCUAACCCUAAAGUUCAAGUGACUAGAAGAUGCCAAUGAAAGACCCAUACCGACAGCUGUCAUCUUGGUGACCUCGUCGCUAACAUAGCGAUUCAAUGGAAGUACCCAGAGCAAUGCGGUGGUCGAACAAGACACUUGGACCGGACGGGCCUUGGAACGCAGUAGAAGUAACACUGGGAAGCGCGCAAGAUGUCACCGUAUACGCCGGGAGGAUGUGGGAAUCCUAUUUCCCCGGCGCAACUUACUGCGGACAUACCACAACCGCGGGUCAACCAUGCUACGCACAACAAGUCGGGGCUAUCUACGACGAGUCGGCAGGCACCGGAGACGUACCAGAAAUCGCUUUCAGUGCCUCCGCAUACUAUGCAUCGGACAUGGAUGCCGUAGGGACUAAUGCAAAGCGGUACACCGACCGCAUUUCUCUGGGAAAGGAUUCGAGCUAUUGGAGCCCAGUUAGCGUUGAUAACUUUGCUAUGGCUCUCAUGAGUGAUACUCAGCUUCGAUAUCCCAAUGGAAACGAGUACCCCUUAUUCGCCGGCUGUCUUAGCAUCGGUGCUGCACCUAGUAUCGUCAACCAUACAUUCGAAAUAAUACCAGGGCAAGUCGCCGGUGCCGUCAAUACGAGCCUGCUUGCUGGGACUCUAUUCACAAACCACGCCAUCGCCUCUCAGACUUUCGGAAUGCAUAUCGGCUCAGCCGCUCCUAAUCGGGUCCCAGGAUCGCUCUGGAUAGGCGGAUACGAUCGGAACAGAGCUGUUAACGAUAUGCUAUCUCUUCCAAUACCUGACCCGUUUACCGCAUUCUCAAACGCGCCCCUCGUAGAUAUCUCGAUCGACGUCGUCAAAGGCGGCUCGCCGUUCCCCUGGACCUCGAAAGGAGGCCUAUUAGCAUCGGGAAAUUAUUCCAUAGGCAACCAACUCGGCGUCGUCAUCGACCCCUGUCUUCCGUAUCUCAACCUACCUAAAAGCACAUGCGACGCCAUCGCCGCCGAGAUCCCCGUGAAACUCGACUAUGGGCUGGGCCUAUAUCUCUGGGACACGGAAUCUCCGGACUACACACGGAUCGUACAAUCACCCUCCGUCCUAACAUUUACAUUCGUAGACCCCGACAGCAACUUACGCAAAGUUAACAUCUCAGUACCGUUCACACACCUAAACCUAACCCUCGACCAACCCCUCAUCAAUAAGCCAACCCCCUAUUUCCCCUGCAACGCAGCGUCGAACGGCGCAUACGCCCUCGGCCGCGCGUUCUUACAAGAUGCUUUCAUCGGCGCGAACUUUCAAACCGCGGUCUACUUCCUGUCGCAAGCGCCUGGACCUGAUCUCAAUAGCGAGAACGUAAUGGCCAUGGAUAGCGAUUGUCGGACGUUAGAGGCUAGUAAGAACGACUGGGUCACAUCGUGGAAUGGACACUGGACGCCGCUCCCGGAGCCGGAUAGCAAUACAUCCUCAGGCGUUUUAAUCAUUAGUAAACCAGCGUCGGGACAUGGUUCCAUGGCAGGCGUAAUCGCUGGCGCGACUGUGGGUGGAGUAGUUGGAUUAAUGCUGCUGAGUUUCGUAUGUUUCAUUAUAUGGAAAUACAGGAAAUAUGGUAAAGGUUUUUCGCUAUGUGGUUUAUCCCUAAUCAAAGACAAGCCGGCCGUCCGCAAUAUCGUGGACGUUGUGGAUGCUAGGGAAUUUAAACCGCCAGUUGGGUAUUCGCAGCAUACGCUGUACGAACUAGCGCCGACGACGUGGCAACUACCAGCUAAUAUUACGGAUCGGGCAGCGGAGAUGGAGACUCCUCAUAUUGUACACGAGAUGCCUGUCAAUCACAUAGGACAUUAUGGUCAUUAUUAUACAAAUGCAUAAC